CCAGUGGGGCGGCGGCAUCAUGACGGUGGGAGCCAAGCUCCGAAGCCAGGCGGCGAGCAGCUUCGCGCUCCGGGGGCCCCUGGGGCGCGCGCGGGCGGAGGGGGACGAGGAGGCGGAGCUGCCCGAGCGCUACGAGCCGCUGGAGGAGCCCGCGCCCGCCGCCGCCGACAAGCCCACGAAGAGGUACCGGCGGAAGCUGAGAAAGUACGGCAAGAACGUCGGGAAGGUCAUUACCAAAGGCUGCCGCUACAUUGUCAUCGGCCUACAAGGAUUUGCUGCAGCCUACUCUGCCCCCUUUGGAGUGGCCACCAGCGUGGUGUCCUUCGUGCGCUAACUGGAGUUCUUGUGGCAGGUGCCAUGACGAAUGACUGGAAGCCUCUGCUCUGGGGAUGGUGAGAAUCCAGGAACAUUUCAGACUUGGACUCACAGAAGAUGGGGAAAAUAUAUGCUUCUUGGUUGCAUUGAGAAUGAGUGUUAGGGAUGAGCCAUCCCAUCCGUCUGCUGAGCCUUUCAGGCAGACUCGAGGGUCAAUCCUGCAGUGAAUUAGGCUGAGAUUCAGUUUGGGACUAGGGCUACUUGGCUUCACAUGAAGACCCUUCCUGUGAAAGGUGGAGGCUGGCACAUGACAAAUCGAAAAAGUAAGGGAAGCAGUGUGGUGACUGGAGGAGGAAGAUGGAGGAGACCUGGAGUCUGGUGGCUUGCUAGAUUGUUAUGAAAAGAUGGGUGUGCACAGCCCUGGGCUACCUCACUGCCGAGAGCAGCAAAGGAGUCGUUCAUUUCUCCUUCCUCCGCCACUCUGUCACCAGGAGUUUAAUUACAGGCCUGAGAAGAAGGGAGGAGGAAAAGCCCCUCUUUGAAGGCUAUAAUGCUUUGAAAGUGGUAUUCACAGUUGUGUUAGACUGUUUAAAGUAGAUAAAAAGCAUGUCAUUUUCCCCAGCUCUGUAGAAAAAUGUAGCUGACUGUGAGAGGAGGAGGAAGGGCAAGUUCAGAGGCGGGCUGGACAGCUAGGACAGGUGAUCUGAGACGCUGUAACUGGUCUAAACCCCAUCUGACCUGGCCAGACUUCCCUGCAAAGGGGUGGCUAGUUGUGUAUGCCUAGCAGGCCCUAGCAGCGUCUAUUCAAUGCUGACGAAAGCCCAGCUCCUCCUUUCUGCCAGGCCAACUCAAUGUGGUCUGUCGUGGAACACAGGGAAUGAGGGAGUGGGCACAAAGCCAGGAAAUAAAAGUAUGGAUUUAGAGAAGGUACCAGUAAGUAGGAGGCAGGUGCUGAGGAAGUAGAAAUAAGGCCAGAAGGUCAAUAGAGGAGAAUAAUGGAAGUGAAUCUCGAGAGGGUCCAGCCUUUAAUGCUAGAUAGGGGCUGAAGGAUGCAGAAUGUGCAGAUGCUUAAUCUUCUGUGAGACUCAUGUAGCUUCCGCUGGCUACAUUUGUAGCCUCCUUUCCUUGGCUGCGCUGCCCCAUUUCACCACAUCUCACUUGGAUCGUUACGAGGAUGACACAUGUCAACGCUGACUCAUGGACUGCUGUGGCACACUGGGCCAAGAAGGAUGGAAGAAGCCCUUUGAAGAAUGUGAUGACCUUGGGUCAUGACUGUUGAAAGUAGUUAGGAAGAUCAAAGAAGAAGGAGGGUCUCUUGCAAUGUGCCUUUGCCAACCCCCGUGGCUACUGUUCAGACUGCUUCCAGAAUGUCUAAGAUCCUGACCAGUUGUUCUGAUCUCCCUGCAGGAUCAAUGGAGCCUCUUGCCCUCGGGCCUGCGUGGAAGGCCUCUACACUCCUGUGUCACCCAGCGGUCCAGCCAAGAGGCACUGGGUGGGAGAGAAGGGGCAGUGAAGAUGGGAAGAUAGAUAGAUGGGUCAGAGAGAAAUGGGGAGAGGACAGCGUGGUAGCUCUAGCUAGCUUGGUGAAGAUGUUUGGUGGCCCAAUCCGUACACCAUUCAUAUUAAUGAGGAAAGGAACAAACUAACGAUCCUGUGGUGAAAGUUGCUAAUGGCACAUUUUUACACAUACUUAUAGCUUGUUUGGCAAGGCUGGAAGUGAGGAAAAGGAGAGGCAGACGUGAACGGGAAGAAAAAGUCAAGUGUAGUUAGAGGGAAGAGAGUCAGAACCCCGGAGGGCUGUGGCUCACCUCACUGGAAGUGAGGGAGGUGUCCUAAAUGCUGUGGGGCCCCAGGCUGCUGGCUAUGUCCUCUGGGGAGGACACCCCAAGUUCCAAGAUUGUGUCUUUGUCUGGGAGCCUAUCCAAAGAAGAGCUCCCCCCACCCACCCCCAAAUUGGAAAAAAAAAAAAAAAACGACAGUCAAGCACAUCCAGUCCUAAAUUUCUCAGAAAGUCUGGUUAAGAAUUAACUCAGAAAUCUCCGGAGUUGAAACCUGGCAGGGAUUGUCCUAGAUGCCAGUUUCCCACUCCUGGCAGGUAGACUUCAAGCCCUGGCUCUUUGGGAUCGUUGAGCUGAAGGACUUGUAUCAAACUUUGCUGAUUACCUGCUUGCCUUCUGUUUCUCUCUUGAGCUUUUAAUACUGGGCCCGUACCCUGCUGAGAAUGAGUUUUGAACCUUCCCCAUUACUGACUUGUCCAAGAGGCUUCUUUUUUUUUUUUUUUUUUAAUCUUUUCUCUUGCCCUGUGGUAGAAAUAAAAGCCCCACUUACCUGA